AUGAGAAUUGAAGGAGCAGAAGGAAUAAGAGAUGAAGUAUCAAAAUUAGAACAAUAUGAAGCAUCGGCAACUUUAGUUUGGAAUCUUCAUCACGGAGAUUAUAAAGUUUGCAUGGUAGGACAAAAUUCUAAAGCCUUGAAACACCUUGUACCACCGCAAAAAGUAAACUGGGCCUGGGAUUCAAAGGAUGUUUGGAAUCCUGCCAAAGAAGCAUCGAGAAGAUUUCGAAUGCAAUUGCCUGCUGAUGUGACAUUUUGUGAUCCUGCCGUAAGAGUGUGUGGUAACAUUUCCACUUUGAAAGGCAUUUCAUUAGCUAGGAUAGAAGAUCUGGAAAAUGGAAUUCAGUUUGUACUAUAG